CAUUGUCCCUUUAAAUGGCGUUCACGUCACUUCCUGUCAGGAAUUGCGUCUGGCCUUUGUGUUUGGGGACGCAGAGGUCCGGAUCAUUAACCUGAGGUGUGGGGGGAGGCUGGGAUACCAUACUGCAGCCAGGGGAAGCCACGAUUUUUGCUUUCGUUUUGCAGGUCUAGUGAGGCCGAUGCGCGGCCGCGUCUCAGUAUCUAGAGUGUCGGAUAAAGUGCAGCUUUGUCUUCGCAAGCGGGACUGCGCCGGGUGCGGGGUGCGCGCAGUGGGGUGUGAGGGGAGCGUGGGGUGCGCGCCGCGGGGCUCCCUCCGUCUGCCGCUCUAAGCAUCCCCGGGACGCAGGUGCCUGUUUCGUGGCUUUGGAUCGUGUUUUGCACCAGCUAUGCUGAGAUUCCUUCGCCGGACCCUGGGCCGGCGGUCCAUCCAGAAAAACACGGAGAAGGUCCGGCUCCGGGAAGCACAGAGAUCCAAGGAGGCACAGAGAUCCAGCACGCACAUCCCGGCGGCAGGCGACGCCAAGUCGGUGAUCACCUGCCGGGUCUCCCUGCUGGACGGCACCGACGUGAGCGUGGAGCUGCCGAAAAAUGCCAAAGGGGAGGAGCUCUUUGAGCAGAUCAUGUACCACCUGGACAUCGUGGAGAAGGACUACUUCGGCCUCCGCUUCAUGGACUCGGCACAAGUAGCGCACUGGCUGGACGUGACAAAAAGCAUCAAAAAACAAGUGCAAAUCGGGCCUCCAUAUUGCCUCCACUUGAAGGUGAAGUUCUACUCCUCUGAGCCCAGCAACCUUCGUGAGGAGCUGACCAGGUACUUAUUUGUGCUUCAGCUAAAGCAGGACAUCCUUAGUGGAAAACUGGAAUGCCCUCCUGACGCAGCGGUGGAGUUGGCAGCCUUCUCGCUGCAAGCUGAGUUGGGCGACUUUGACUCGGCUGAGCACUCCCUGGAGCUGGUGUCUGAGUUCCGCUUUGUCCCCAACCAGACAGAGGACAUGGAGCGUGCUGUCCUCAACACUUGGAAGAGCUGUAGUGGCCAAUCACCUGCGCAAGCCGAGAUCAGCUACCUGAACAAGGCCAAGUGGCUGGAUAUGUACGGGGUCGAUAUGCAUUCUGUCAGGGCUCGAGACGGCAAUGAGUACAGCUUGGGUCUGACCCCCACUGGAGUGCUGGUCUUCGAAGGGUCUAAUAAGAUCGGCCUGUUCUUCUGGCCCAAGAUCACACGUCUGGACUUCAAGAGGACCAAGCUAACGCUGGUUGUGGUGGAGGAUGACGAGCAGGGCCGGGAGCAGGAGCACACCUUCGUGUUCCGGAUGGAGCACCCCAAGGCCUGCAAGCAUCUGUGGAAGUGUGCAGUGGAGCACCACGCCUUCUUCCGGCUGCGCGGGCCAGUGCAGAAGAGCUCCUCUCAGUCCAGUUUCAUCCGCAUGGGUUCCCGCUUCCGAUACAGUGGGAAAACUGAGUACCAGGCCACGAAAGCCAACAAGGCACGCAGGGUGGCCUCCUUCGAGAGGAGGCCCAGCCAGCGCUAUGCCAGGCGCACAUUGCAGAGUGAGGGACCCAUGAUGACUUCUGCCCAAAUCAGGACUGCCAACCAGAGCCAGGAGGAACAGAAUGCGGGACUGAAUCGGGAUGCAGUCACCAAGCCCCACGCCCUUCGGUCUGCGAUGCCUCCCGGGGACCUUGGCCCCAUGCAGAUACAGACCCUUCCCGGAAGCCCCCGUGCCUUGCAUCCGGAUAAGCGGAGGCUCCCCCUGCUGGUAGACAUGGCCAGCGCGCUGGAGACGUGUGUCGACGAAGAAGCCGGCAGCCUGCUGGCUAUGGUGACAGCAGGCUCCGUGGAGGACGUCGGCACCGCGGGAAUCCGUGCGGCGGCUGGCGUCGUCGCGGGGGAUGGAGUUCCGCGGAGCGAGAUGGCCCUCAAGCUGAAGCAACCACAAGCUGAGAGUCAGCCCCACCCAGAUCCGCUCAGGUCUGACAUCAACGUCUACACAAGCAGUCAGAUCUCAAGGGAUGAGCCCCCAGUGGCCAUGGAGAGGAACUGCACCCUCCUCGAAGCUGCAGCCAGGAAGAGAGGGAAGAACGGAGGCUCAUCACUCUCGGCAGCUAGACAGAUGGAGACCCGGGUCCACUCUGAGAACAGCGACAGGAAGGCCGGCUGGGACCGACACUCCCCUCCGCGGACGCCACCUGAGGCCAGGAGCGAGGUGGCCCCCGCCAAGGGAAGAGUGGAUCCUGCAGAGCUGCCAGUCCCUCCUCUGCCCGGGAAUCUGAUAGACCUAACGGAUCUGGUCCCAGCUCUGCCACCCAAACCAGUGAUAGCUCCUCGAUGGAUCGUCCCAGCAGCUGCAACCGGGGUCUGUGCUAAUGGCCUUCCAGGCAGUAGCAGUGCAAAGAGGCCACCUCUCUGUCCAAAUGGGGGCGCCCUUUCUGGCCACGCUCAGCUCUCUCACACUGUGAUUGACACAAGCACUGUGAAUCCUGAGGUGAGGAGGACCAGGACUCCCCGUCUGCUCUCCACUGAUCUCUGACGCCACAGGAUCCCACAACUGCUGGAAUCUUUGCAUCUUAACCUUUUUACGACAUUCCAAACUAACUUUUUUUAGCCUGGUAAUGGAUGCUAGGGACCGCAAAGCCGACAUGACCACAGAAUGUUUUGGUGCCCAAAUGCACCCCCCUCCCGCCCCCCGGCACCUUCCCCCAAAUGUUCCACAUGAGGUGAGCCAGCCUUGUCCUGAGAGAGGAGGAUGGUGGGACUCCUCCAAUUUUUUUUUUUUUCUUUUCUUCAUAAACCGGAGAGGCUCUGAUUCUUUUACCCAUCCACACAUGGUUUUAAAACCCCUUGACUACGGCGCUUAAACCUUUCCAGUGAAAUGAUCCCAUCCUGAAAGCAAAGAUUGCGAGAGAACGGGAGUGUUCGGAACCUUCUGGACUGAACUGGAUCGUGGAAUCUGUCACGUUUUAUGCUGUUUCCUGAGAUGAUCUUUCUGAACAGGGCAAAAAAAAAUUGUAACAAUUGUGGUAUUUUGAUUUUGACAAAACUGCCAGCAUAUUGUUUAAAAAGUCUUGUGGCUUGAGGAGUAUUACGUAACCAAACAAGUGGAUCCCACAUUUUGGCAAUUAAGCACUGUUGCUUUUUCCUGUAUUCUUGCAUAACUGAAAUUCCCUUUUUAAAAAAAAAAAAAAAAAAAAAAACUCAAGCUGUUUCCAUCUAGUGUGUAAACACAGACUGAAGGGUCACCUUCUGGAAGAUUGCUCCCCGCCACCCCCAUUCAUGAUUUUGAUCGGUGUGUGCUGGUGAGAUUUGUCAUUUUUAUUGAAUGUUCUUUGUUCUUAUGUUUACUUCUAGUCGGUAUGUGUCUUAAACGUCAGGCGAAUGCGGACAGCCUGUCUUCUGCACACGUGUUUUUAUCUCCGUUCAGGAAGCACAAAAGUGUCAGUAAGCUAAUGUCCGUGCUUUUUAAAUUUGCCCUGUGACACUUUACCUGAAAUUCCUGAAAGGAACAGAUUCCUUCGUAGGAGACAGUGCGAGUCUGAGACUCUGGGAUGGAUACAGUCACGUCGCCACUGUGCUGAAUCCUUAACCAUUUUACCUGUGUUCUGUGCACAUGGGUAGCGUAGCAUGUAGUUAGAGGGUAAUUUCACUAAGUGCAAUUUUCUGUAGCGUUUUUUUUUUUUUUUUUUUUAAGUACACCCUGUUCACUGUGUAACUCAAUUGGAAAGGCUGCUGUAGAACAGGAAGUCAGUGCUGGUGUCACAUUUUAAGUAAAAAUGUCCUGGAAACAA